AUGGUCGCCUUAGAUGGAAAAGAGGUGCAAGUACACGUUAAACAGAUUUCUCAACAUCUUUGGGAAUGUACCUACACGGCCUCAGUUCCUGGUGAAUAUCUGCUUAGUGUAUUCUAUGGAGAUGAGCAGAUUCAGCGAAGUCCAUUUAAGGUGGGCGCCAAGCUAAUACAGUGUUUUAACCUGCUUUUAUCCACUGUUUUAACAUAUCCCACCCGUUUUUAUUGGCGGUCUUGUUGCUUUUACACCUUCCUCUUUUCCCAUAUUCCAAACAAGGUCGCGGUUAGUCGACAAAGGCAGUCAAAAAUUAAGGCUUUCGGACCUGGUCUGCAUCGGGGCGUGGUUGGUAUGCCUAAUAUCUUCACUGUAGUAUGCAACAAUGAAGCGGGAGGUCUAGGUAAGUCGUCUUCGUAUCAUAUUGACUUCUUUUGUGUAGCAUAG